CAUGAUCUUGGGCUGUACAUCGCAAUCUUGAGCAGGCAAACGCGCAUCGCUGCAUAAUUUCUUCCAAAAUCUCUCUAACUCCUUCAACCUCAUUGCAACAUUCUCAAAAUGGCUGACAGAUUCCCUUCGCUGGACGAGAUCGACGCUGGCCAGACUGAGGCGCGCGGCGAGGCCAACUUUGAUUUGGUAGGCGGUGCUACAGAUGAAGACUUCCUGUCAAGAGAAAGGGCGCUGCUCGGCGACGAUGCAGACCAGUUUGCUUCCCCGAACGACAAGAUCGCGACGGUCGAGGACGGUGAUGACGACUUGCUGGGUGGAGGCCAAUUCCAGGCCCAUGUAGGUGGAGAAGAGAUGCAUGGCUUCGAAAGCUCCUUCCCGGCUAUCGACACAACCAACGAGCACAUGGCACCCGGCGGCACAAUCACAGGUUCCACUCUACCAUAUCUCCCCGGCCAGCCCCAACCCUCCUUCGCUCCUGCACGACCAGAAUCCCCAGAGCCAGAGGUUAUCCGUGAGUGGCGCGAGCGUCGAGACCUCCAGAUCCAGCACCGCGAUCAAGUGUCUGCCGAGAAGAAGGAGAGGACCAUCCAAGAGGCACGGGAAAACAUUGACGACUUCUACGAGAACUACAACAACAAGAAGGAGAAGGAGAUCGCGAAGACGCGGAAAGAGGCAGAAGAGUUUCUUGCGAACCGUGACGACACAACUGCUGGAGGAACCAGCUGGGAGAGAAUUGCGAAGCUGGUGGACUUGAGCGGCAAGGGAGUUAAAGGCGGCGCGUCAGGCAGUCAGAAGCAACGUUUCCGUGAGCUGCUGCUCAGCCUGCGCAAGGACGAGAAAGCGCCCGGGGCAGCAGGGUACUGAGGAAACCUGAUCCUCGAACGUGGACAAGCUGAUCUACCGUCUAUGGCCGUGACGCGGAAAGCUGCCGGGGAAUCCCGGACCUUGAUUUUCGGAAGGUGGAAACGAGCAGCAAUGCUUGAUGUUCUCAUCCCGUUUCUGUUCGUUGGAUGAGAUUCGUUUCGGAGCUUGGACGAUGGCGUAUGAAGGUGUUUUAGAAUUGGGUUACUGGGUAGGCUCAGGGGGAUGUUUACUGCAGGCCGUCCCCCCUGGCCAGCAUAGCUACAAUGAAGGUGUGUAAUAUAUAUGGACCUUUCCCAAGGCGCAUUCCGGACUCAAGCAUGGGUGAAUGGAGAUUGAAGCUCUCUUUUGAUGGGUCGGUACACG